GUGUCAUUGGGAACUUUAUUUUGUCUCUCAUUAAAAAAGAAGCAUUUGCACAAAGCGCGCGCAUAUUAUAAAGUAAAUUAAUUUUUAAACAACAUAAAACUAUUGUAAAGAUGGAAGUUAUAAAUGCUAAUAGACAAGAACCACAGCUAAAUCUUGAUAUUAAUGGCCAACGUAACUUCAUCAAGUACUAUGCAAAAUUGGAGGAAAAACCAGCAACCACUGUACGCUUCUUCGAUCGUAUUGAUUUUUAUUCUGUGCACGGCGCAGACGAUUGCGAACUCAUUGCAAAGCUUGUCUACAAGUCCACAGCUUUUGUGCAUCACCUGUUACCUGAUGAACCCGAUAAACUCAGCUAUGUUACGCUAUCGAAGGGCAACUUUAACAUGGCUGUGCGAGAGUUAUUGCUGGUGCGCAAUUUUCGUGUGGAAGUUUAUGUACGGCCACCCGGUGCAGCUGCUGCCAACAAUAAUUGGAGCAUUGAGUACCGUGGUUCGCCUGGCAAUUUAAUUCAAUUCGAAGAAAUUUUGUUCGGCAACAAAGAGAUACUUGUGAGCAAUAAUUUGUUGUCGCUACAAGUGCGCUUAGUUGAGGGUAAUCAACGGCGCUUGGGAGUUGCUUUUGUGGAACAAAAUGAUUGUCAGUUUCAUGUAUUGGAGUUUGUUGACAAUGAUUUCUUCACCGAACUGGAAGCAAUGGUCGUGCUGUUGGGACCAAAAGAAUGUUUGUUGCCCACCGGUGAUGGUGAGUAUGUAGCAGUGAAACAACUGUUGGAGCGCAAUAAUGUGGGUGUUACUGUGCCAAAACGUUCAGCGGCUACACCAGCUGAAAAGAACGACUUGUUGCAAGACCUGAAUCGCUUGAUACGUUUUGCGAAAGGUCAGCAAGAAGAUGCAUUAACAUUGCCAGAAAUGCAACUCACCAUGGCUAUGGAGGCGUUACGUGUGGCUAUUAAAUAUUUAAACCUCGUUAACGACGCAAGCAAUUUAGGUCACUACCAAAUGAAGCAGCUAAAUCUUAAACGGUUUGUACACUUGGAUUCGGCAGCUGUGGCAGCUCUUAACAUUUUACCAAAACCCGGUACGCAUCCCAACUCUCCAGGCUAUCACUGGCAGAGCAUAUUGGGUGUGCUGGAUCAUUGUCGUACUCCACAAGGACAUCGCCUGCUUGCUCAAUGGAUAAAACAACCUCUACGUAGUAUUGAAAUUCUUAAUGAUCGUCACGACAUCGUACAGUGUCUGCUGGAAUCACCGGGCACCCUAAGUACGCUACAUGAUGAUUACUUAAAACGUAUACCUGAUGUGCUGAUGCUAACCAAACGUCUGCUACGUCAAAAAGCUACCAUGCAGGACCUCUUUCGAGUUUAUCAAGUCAUUUUGCGCACGCCACGCAUAGUAAAUACGCUACUAAGCCUCGAAAAUGCCACUGUGAAAAAUGUGCUUUGUGUGGCCAUGAAAUCUCUCUUAGAAGAUCUGUCUGGUUUAAAGCAAUUGGUAGAGCAAGUGGUCGAUUUUGAAGCUAUCGAAGCCGGAGAUUACCUUGUGAAAGCUUCUUUCGAUGAGCAACUGCAGGACAUGAAAAAUGAUAUGUCACGCAUCUUAGCUAAAAUGGAGCGCCUGCAGCAAAAAGCGGCAGAUGAUUUGAACAUGGAGAAACCACAAGUGCGUUUGGAUAAUGUUGCGAAAAUUGGCUACCAUUUACGUGUCACAUUGAAAGAUGACUCUGAAUUACGUAAAAAUAAAAAUUAUAAAAUUUUGGAUGUAGUAAAGGGUGGUGUGCGGUUCACCAAUGAAAAAUUGUCCGAGUACAGUGAAGAGUACGGAAACUUGUGUGAGAAGUAUGAAGAGCAGCAGAAAUCAGUUGUAGAAGAGAUCAUAAAAGUGGCUAUUGGUUACGCUGCGCCGCUCAGCUCACUGAAUAACGAAUUGGCACAACUGGACUGUUUGGUCAGCUUUGCAAUGGCUGCAUUGCGGGCGCCAACACCCUAUGUACGCCCAAAAAUGCUGAAAGAGGGCGCCGGUGUGCUGGAGUUGAAAGAUUUGCGACAUCCUUGUUUGGAAUUGCAGGAGCAUGUAACAUUCAUAGCCAAUCAGGUGACAUUCGAAAAAGAUGUCUGCAAUAUGUUCAUCAUUACGGGUCCGAAUAUGGGCGGCAAAAGUACUUAUAUACGUUCUGUGGGCACAGCUGUCUUAAUGGCACAUGUUGGUGCUUUUGUGCCAUGCAGCGAGGCGACAAUAACUAUGGUGGACUCAAUAUUGGGACGUGUAGGUGCCAGUGAUAAUAUCGUCAAAGGUUUGAGCACAUUCAUGGUUGAGAUGAUUGAGACUUCGGGUAUUGUGCGUACUGCUACCGAGAAUUCCUUGGUGAUUAUAGAUGAACUAGGUCGUGGCACGUCUACAUAUGAGGGCUGCGGUAUCGCCUGGUCCAUAGCUGAACAUUUAGCAAAACAGACUAAAUGCUUCACACUCUUCGCAACACAUUUCCAUGAGAUUACACAUUUAGCUGAUUCUGUAAAAACCGUAAAAAAUUGCCAUAUGGCUGCCGUUGCAGAUGCUGAAAAUUUCACAUUGCUGUAUCAAGUACGUCCUGGCGUUAUGGAGAAAAGUUUUGGUAUACAGGUAGCGCGUUUGGCCAAUUUUCCCGAAGCUGUUGUGCAUACAGCUCAACGUAUUUAUAGCGAGUUCGAAGAUGAAUAUACCGAAAAGCAAGUUGCAAGUGAUAAGGAACUGUUGGAUAAAAUUGAUGCAGCUGUAGAGCGGCUGACAACAACGGGCAAUGAUGUUGACAUCGAUGAGGCGGAAUUAAGUGCAUUGGUUGAAAAUUUCGCGCGGGAUAUUAAACAAUUAGACAGCGAGUAUUUCCGCGCUGUGCUAUCGGUUGAAGGAAACUAAUAUAUAACACAUUUUUGAAUUACAUUAACUCAGUAUUCUUAUUUUUUUAUGUUGUAAUAAAAAUGUUGCUUAUUCUAUGUUAA